UGGCACUGCUCAAGCACCAUUUUGUUUUUUAUUAUGUUUUUGCAUCAAAGAUGAUCAAAAAAAAAAAAAGCACAAAUAGUGGCUUCUGUAGACACUUUUUAUUGUAACAUUCGAUUUCAGUUCAGCGCUUUAUAAGCGGUGCUUUCCAGAUUAAGACGGAAGUCCGAGUUCCUAGUCGGAACGUUUUUCUGGAACUCGGAUUUCCCACUCGGAAGAAGUCGGAGCAACUCCACAUACUCCGAGAUAGUAAUCCAAGAUGUUGGCAGGACAUGAAAACAGGGCUCCUUCCAUCAGUCAACCCCACCCUGAUUGUUUUCUUCAGUAUCCUCAUGCCAGCUGUCUGCAGCACUUACAUGAUAAACUGCUCUCAGCCAACACAACCAGCCCUGCUGGAGGCUCUCUCUCCCGUCUUUCAAAUGAGCGAAGUUCGGCCUGUCCAGAAAAUGACAACAUGCACCAAUGUCAGCAUGUACUUCACUCUGUAUGGGAUUCUAGGAGUGAAUGAAAAGGCGCAACUCUUGACCACUUACAUUUGGACACAAUAUUGGUGGAUCAAUGAGUUCAUCAGUUGGGACCCACUUCAGUGUGGUACCAACUUAAUAUCUCUUCCCAGAACCCAACUGUGGACUCCAGAUAUUGUAAUCAAUGAAUUUAUGGAGGAAAACAAAGCACCUCCUGUUCCCUAUCUGUACCUGUACAGUGACGGUGAGGUGGAGGAUUCUAAGCCCAUCAGAGUUGUCAGCUCCUGUAACCUCAAUAUCUACACCUUCCCCUUCGACGUACAAAACUGCACUUUUACCUUCAACUCCUACUUGCACUAUGCGUUUGAUAUAAAGAUUUUUCUUGGAAGAUCUGCAGAAAAUAUUACACAGAUCUCCAAGAGUGUGAUGGCCACCAUGGGUGAAUGGGAACUACUGGAUAUCACCGCCCAGAAAUCCCAACAGAGCGAUAACACAACCGACUUUUAUUAUGAUGAGCUUGAAUUUCAUAUCAGAGUGAGGCGCCGGCCCACUAUGUAUGUGGUGAACCUCCUGAUCCCCAGCUCCUUUCUCAUCACAGUGGACCUCUUCAGCUUCCUUCUGCCUCCGCAGAGUGUGGACAGGUCUUCCUUCAAGAUGACCCUCAUCCUCGGCUACACCGUCUUUCUGCUCAUCAUGAAUGACCUGCUGCCUGUCACUGGAAACACCAUACCCCUCAUAAAUGUGUUCUUAUCUAUCUGCCUGACUCUGAUGGUGGCCAGUCUACUGGAAACCAUCCUCGUCACCAGCCUGCUGUGUGGGUCUGCUGACUUCCCUCCCGUCCCUCGCUGGAUCCGAGUCCUCGUUCUGCAACUUCUGGGCUUUCUUGUUUGCAUGCCACGAUUGAAAAAGAAACCAAGAGCUUCGGAAAUAGACCUUAGGACCAGGACUGUUGUGGCAAAUAUUGAAGCUUAUAGCAGCCCUCAAGAAAAAAAGGGGCAAACAGUGGAGGACAGGGCUGUGCAGGAGCUGAGGAAACUGGGCAAGGACCUCCAGGCCGUCCGCCUUCAGGUGGAGCAGCAGCUCAACAGGAGCGAAAGCUCAGAGGACUGGGUCCAGGUGGGUUUCAUCAUAGACCGCCUGCUGUUUGGCCUCUACAUCCUCUUCAUUACUGUCAGCUUCAUUACCAUCAUCAUUAUCUGGGUGAACUCAUACAAUCGCUCAUAUGUUGUGGAGAAACAACUACUACUUCACCACAUCAGGAACACAAUCUCACUCCCAACAAACAUCGUGGUUCUUCCACCAGGCAAGCCCACCAUGAUUUUUAUCGUCAGUAUCUUCAUGCCAGCUCUCUGCAGCGCUUACAUGGUGAACUGCUCUGCACCAACACAAACUGCCCUACUGGAGGCUCUCUCCCCAGUCUUUGAAAUGAGAAGCAUUCGGCCUGUCCAGAAAUCAACAACAUGCACCAAUGUCACCAUUUUCUUCACCAUGUAUGGGAUUCUAGGAGUGGAUGAAAAGGCUCAACUCCUCAUUACUUAUAUUUGGCUACACUUUUCUUGGAUCAAUCAGUUCAUCAGUUGGGACCCAGUUCAGUGCGGUAUCAGCAUGAUAUCUCUACCCAGAACCAAAUUUUGGGCUCCAGAUAUUGUAAUCAAUGAGUUUAUGGAGGAAAACAAAGCACCUCCUGUUCCCUAUCUGUACCUGUACAGUGACGGUAAGGUGGAGGAUUCUGAGCCCGUCAGAGUUGUCAGCUCCUGUAACCUCAAUAUCUACACCUUUCCCUUCGAUGUACAAAACUGCACUUUUACCUUCAACUCCUACUUGCACUAUGGGUUUGAUAUAAAGAUUUUUCUUGGAAGAUCUGCAGAAAAUAUUACACAGAUCUCCAAGAGUGUGAUGGCCACCAUGGGUGAAUGGGAACUACUGGAUAUCACCGCCCAGAAAAACAAUCAUAACAAGACUUAUGAUGAGCUUGAAUUUCAUAUCAGAGUGAGGCGCCGGCCCACUAUGUAUGUGGUGAACCUCCUGAUCCCCAGCUGCUUUCUCAUCACAGUGGACCUCUUCAGCUUCCUGCUGCCUCCACAGAGUGUGGACAGGUCUAACUUCAAGAUGACCCUCAUCCUCGGCUACACCGUCUUUCUGCUCAUCAUGAAUGACCUGCUGCCUGCCACUGGAAACACCAUACCCCUCAUAAAUGUGUUCUUCUCUAUCUGCCUGACUCUGAUGGUGGCCAGUCUACUGGAAACCAUCCUCGUCACCAGCCUGCUGUGUGGGUCUGCUGACUUCCCUCCCGUCCCUCGCUGGAUCCGAGUCCUCGUCCUGCAACUUCUGGGCUUUCUUGUUUGCAUGCCACCAUUGAAAAAGAAACCAAGAGCUUCUGAAAUAGACCUUAGGACCAGGACUGUUGUGGCAAAUAUUGAAGCUUAUAGCAGCCCUCAAGAGACAAAGGGGCAAUCAGUGGAGGACAGGGCUGUGCAGGAGCUGAGGAAACUGGGCAAGGACCUCCAGGCCGUCCGCCUUCAGGUGGAGCAGCAGCUCAACAGGAGCGAAAGCUCAGAGGACUGGGUCCAGUGCUGCCCGCCGAAAGUCAGGCCUUCUAAGGUUCUAAUCAUCUUCAUCUCUCUGCUCAUGCAUGCUCAGUGCAGCUCCACCAUGCUGCACUGCUCUAACCCUGAUACAGCUUCACUGCUGGAGGCUCUUAAGCCAGUCUUCAACCUGAGCACCAUUCGGCCUGUGGUGAAUAUGACAACCAUCACUAACGUCAGCAUUUACCUAACCGUGUUUGCCAUUUUGGGAGUGGAAGAGAAAGAGCAACUCCUCACAACGCUUCUCUGGGAAGGUUUGAACUGGGGAAAUGAAUUUACCAUGUGGGACCCAGAAGAGUGCGGUACUACACUGAUAUCAGUUCCGAGAGCAAAUCUCUGGGUACCAGAUGUUGUAAUCAAUGAAUUCAUGGAUGAAAACACAGCUCCAUUUGUCCCAUAUACCUACCUGUUUUCUAAUGGCCUCGUGAGUGAUUCACAGCCUGUCAGAGCCAUCACUUCCUGCAGGCUUGAUAUCUAUUUGUUUCCAUUUGACAUCCAGAACUGCACUUUAACUUUCAACUCAUACACACUCAAGAGUAAUGCUCUGCAGCUUGACAUGCCACAAACUGCAGAGAUGAUUUUUGAAUACUCUAAAUCAGUGAUGGCAACUAUGGGUGAAUGGGUAUUAACUGGAAUUGCUGCAAAUAAACACACACUACCGUCUACUGCAAUGGGCUUUUAUGAUGAAAUUUGCUUCAGUCUUUCACUGCGCCGCCAGCCAACAAUGUACGUAGUGAACCUCCUGCUCCCUAGCUGCUUCCUUAUCUCUGUGGACCUCUUCAGCUUCAUCUUGCCUCCCGGUGAUGUUGACCGGUCCUUAUUCAAGAUGACGCUCAUCCUGGGCUAUACUGUCUUCCUGGUCAUAAUGAAUGACCUGCUGCCUAUCACUGGAAAUGGCAUACCUCUCAUAAAUGUUUUCCUGUCUCUUUGCCUGACUAUGAUGGUGGCCAGUCUACUCGAAACCAUCAUCGUUACAAACCUCCUACACGGUUCCUCUCACUAUUUUCGAGCUCCUCGUUGGAUCAGAAUGCUUGUUCUUCAAAUCCUGGGUCGACUAGUGUUCCUUCCUCCAAAGCCCAGAGACAAAGAGGACACAGUAAUCCAAAAUCGGGCCACACAAGAAAUGACAGUCGGCUCUCCGGUGACAGAGGAAAGUGAGACUCUGGAGCAGAAGGGAUCGCUGAGUGAGGAUGAGGCCCUGCAGGAGCUGAGGAGCCUGAGCAGGGACCUCCAGGCCAUUCGCAUUCAGGCAGAGCAGCACCAGAAAAAAAGUCGGAGCACAGAGGAAUGGAUCCAGAUAGGUUUCAUAAUAGACCGGCUGCUAUUCAUGGUUUACAUAAUCUUCAUAACGGUCAGCUUCGUUACCAUUGUCAUCAUCUGGGUACAGUCGUACAAGGCAGCCUAAUUUAACUUUCUAGCUUGUCUGUUUUUUUAAACCCUUUGCAUCCAUUUUUUGUUUUAAAAUAUUUAACAUCACACCCUUGAAAUGUUCUACCUUUCAUUAACUAUCAUUCAAUGCAUGCUUUGCUGUAUUAUUAUUUAUCACCCCAAAAAAAACAGUAUUCUAA